UUUAUAGCUUGUGUAUCAUUUUAUACAAACACAAAAUGACCACCUCCGUAGCUUCUAAAACCCUGUCAAGACUCCUCCAUUUCACUCACAAAACCCCUCUCUGCCAACCCUUUUGCACCCUCACUAAACCCCAAGCCCCAACCCAGAAACUCCAAAGAAUUGCGGAUGAGCUUCUCACUCUCAGCAAGCUUGAGAUGUAUGAUUACUCCAUUCUGAUGCGCCACAAGAUGGGUCUUAAUAAAUAUGGGCCUGCUGCUGCUGGUCUUCAAUCCGGGUCUGUUUCUGCUGGGCCUGCUGCUGAGGUCAAGGCUGCCACUGAAAAAAUGGUUUUUGACGUGAAGCUUGAGAAAUUUGAUGCUGCUGCUAAAAUCAAGAUUAUUAAGGAAGUUAGGGCUUUUACUGAUUUGGGUCUUAAGGAUGCUAAGGAUUUGGUUGAGAAAGUGCCGGUUGUGGUUAAGAAAGGGUUGAGUAAGGAAGAAGCUGAGGCGGUUUCAGAGCAGCUUAAGGCAUUGGGGGCUACUGUGGUAUUGGAAUGACAUUUAUGUUUUGUUAUAUUUCUAGUGUCUUUAUGCUAUCGGAAUAAUUUUUAAGUUCCUUGGUAGAAGUCACUUUUUAGAAAAUUCGAUUUAAAACUGAUGAGUUUGAGUUGUUUUCAAUGGCAAAUGCCUUUAUAUUUCUUGACAAUUACUCUUGCUCCGUAUUAGUUUUUUGGUGUGUUUGUGCACAAUAAAUUCAGUAUUAGUUGCAAUUGCAAAAUAAGUUAAGUUGGUUUCAGAAAAACUAGUUGCGUUAUUUCAGUCAACGACCUAUACUAACAGUAACAGUAAGUGGCACUGAUAGUUAUGCUUCACAGUAUGAUGAAAUAAUUAUAUUUUUUUUUUGAAAGAGAUUUUAUGCAUUUUAGUUUUUGAAGUGCAUUUAAAGUUUGUUGUGCUUUAGAAAUUAGGCCCAGUGUGUAGCAAGUGUUAAGAUUAAAUUUCAUAUGAUAACUGAAUAGUAAUUGAAUCAAGAUUACAAGAGAUCAUUGUGUUCAAACAAAGUAACAUCAAAUGUUGAAGUUGAACAUUAACAAUCAUGUAACAGUUUUUGGUGAACCCAGGACAAUUGUUGUGUAAAAGGACUAGACUGGAAACAAUGAGUGAUUAUUGUAAGAUGAGUUAUGAUCCUCCUUAAGUGGUGUAUCGUUGGACUUAUAUGGAAGUUUUGGGAAGAAAACUAGAGAUGGAAUGGGUGGAACGAAAGAUGUAGUAGGGCGAGAACGCCAGGUUCGGUACUUGAAUGAGGUAAGUAGGUAACAGAUGACUCUUGCCAUUACAUUUUAAACCGGAAUGUGAUUUAAAUCAGAAAGUAUGCUUUUUGUGGAAGUACUGUUUUCGAUAGUUUUUUUUUCCAGUUUGAAUUCCAGAUUCUAUGAAUUUGUCAAAUGUCAGUUGGUGGAGGGUAAUCUGAUGACAGACACGGAAUACAGAUGCACAUGGCUCUAUACUAGUUAGGGAAUAAAACUUCGGCAGACUUGUAAGUCUUGAUUAGUUGUUACAUGUAGAUAUGUCUCCGUAGUCUGUAGAAUCGUAAAACAUUAUCCUGGCCAAGAGCUCAUUUCUCCUCUCAUCUACCUCCAAAAUCUGGUGCUCAGUGUUGUGAAAGUCAUCCUUUCAUCAACGAGUUUAUUUCAACUGUUUAGAAUGAUGAUGGAAUUUGUUAUAAACAUCCUCAGAAUCUGCCAGUACUCCUGGGAAUUGAAUAGGACCUUUAUUUCUUCCUUUGUUAAAAUAGUCAUAGUUCUGAUCCUACUAUUUCAUAGUUCUUUAUCGAAAUGGAAGUGUAUCUAUAACACUGGAACAAGAAAGCGUCAAAAGGAUACAUGGUGAUGAUCUUACAAAUGUUUGUUGGCACAAGACUGGCAGAACCAAUUCUGUUGUCCUGGAUGGGAUGCAAAAGAGGUGUAAGAUCACUGUUCUCUACACUACCCAUGUAAAAGGUGGCGAAGCUGAGAAAACUAAUUGAGUAAUGCACCAUGUCACCUGGGCGCAGGGAGGAUGAAAGGAAGGAGAUUAUGUAUUUUCAAAGUGCUACAUCAGCCACAAAAAACCAAGCAGAGUUACGAAAUUAAGUGUAUUCACAUGAGACAAUUAUACAACAAGAUUAAAAGCAGAAGCAGUCUCUCUGAAGUCUAUUACUCCAGAACUGUCAUGUCAAAGGCUUUAUACUGGGGGAGAUUUCGAUGAUAAUCUCAAUAUCGCCGGAGUUGAGGUAUGCCAAACACCUGAUAUGAUUCAGUCUUAAAUAAAAACCAACUUUACAAUUAAUAAACAAAUAUUACAGACUGACAUAACAAUUAAUGUGAAACAUCUUGUUAAAGUGAAACCAAUACAGAAUUAUCCAAGAGAACAGGAACAUGCCAAAUAAAAGAACGGUUUUUCUAGUGUGUGCCCAUGGGCACACACUAAGCACCAAAUUCUAUAAAUUCGAUGGAUUUUGAUUGGCUCCUACUUCUUUAUAAUGGUGGACCGUGUUUAUUUUCGGUGCACCAAUUCAAUAAUCUGGCAUAUAUUACUGAAAGUUAUAUUUUUCAGAACUCUUCACUGCACGCAUGCACUGUGACACACACACACACACACGGAUCAGGGCUAAGUAGUAAACAAGUUAAAAGGUAUAUGAUUGAGUUUUAUGAUCAUUCUGGUUGCCCUUAUUUGUAAUACCAUGUCGAGAAAUAAGCUAGUCUGGAUUUUUAUAGGCCCGGAACCAGUAGACCAAAUUGUUUGUGGCUUUUUAUAGUUUUUAAUGUUUUUCGCAGAGCAUGUGAUAUCUUUAUAUCUGGAAAGUUUGGUCAUAUCCCUGUAAAGCAAGGGUGUUGCAAUUUGGGAAAAGUAUGAUUUUAGUCUCACAUGUCUCAAGUCUUUGAUCUAAUCAUGUGUUCAUCUCCUUGACUUGUUUUAGUUCAGAAGAUCUCUGUCUUCGGCUUAAUUAUGUGUUUCUGUGUUUUGGAGUGUGCUGGUUUAGAAAAAUCAUGGAAGUAAGAAACGAAUCAGGUAAUGAUGUGAUGCACACAAUAGAAUGACAAUGGGAGAAAUGGUGUGAUGGCUAAAGUAAUUCUUACAGAAUUGAAAAAAAUGUACAAGAAAAGGGUGUUUGGAGUGUGCUGGCUUAGGAAAAAAAAAGAGAAGAAAUUAGAAAAUUAAUCAAGAAUUGAUGUGAUGCACAUAAUAGAAAGAGCUUUGGUGAUAACAAUGUGCCCUGUUAUAAUCUUCCUUACAAAACUUUAUAGUGAUAUAGUAUUAACUAUGUAAUGAUGUGAUUUACAUGACGGAGUGAUUAUUAUUUAGCAUCCGCUCAUCUGGGACUGUGACCAGUUGUUUAAGCAGCUAAUAUUGUAAUGGUCCUUCAAGCAUUCUGAGGUGGAGUGUAUUGAUGAUGCUGUGAAUGUGGCCUUGGAGAUGCCUGAUAAUCAUGAUUGCUUUGUGGCUAAGGAUGGUAUUAGCAGAUGGCAGAUUACAACCGUAUAGCUGAACUUGAUACUCACAGGAUCAGAGAUAACAUUAUAAAUCACGCUGGAAAAAAGUGAAUGGUUGGGACACUGGGACUGGAUCACGAUAUUUGUUAGACCAUCAAGAACUGGUGGAAGCUAUGUCUUUUUGUGUUGAGUUUUUCGAGUCAAGUCUCUGAGGAGUAGUAAAGUUGAAAAACAAGAAUUCCAAGGCACACCUCUUCUCUCUCAUUAUACUCGCUUAGGACCAGAGAGUUCAAAGAGGGACUACAGGAGUGUCGCGCACUGAUGCCUAAUCUAGCAAAUAGAGAAGCAGACUCACUUAAUGAUUUUCAAUCCAACUUGGAAGUUUAAUGAGGAGAUUGUUGUUCCUUGAAGAGGGAGCUGAGUCUCGUCUCUUUGAUCCAGAUCAAAUGACAUGGAUAUCUUACUAACUUUUUAUAAACAGCCUAUGAGGUACUGCCAUUAAAUUCUCCCAGAUAUAUUUUUCCUUCCAAAAGACCCAAAUAAUUGUCUAUGUUACAUAUCUUGAUUGCAAGAUAUGUAACUUUAUCUGCAGUGGGGGAUCUGUAGCACCAAAUUCUCUGCACAUACAUCAACUAUUUUUAAAGUAUUGUUUUUUUUCUUGCUAAAGACUUUCUA